UCAUACCCUGUAGUACCACCAUUUUUGUUUAAAAUAUCAGAAAGGGACAAAGGGCCAAACCAGUUCUUGAGUUUCUCGUAAUAUUUGUUUGUUUCAAACAUUUCAGACAAAACAUGAGGCCUAAGACCAGUCAAGCCCUCAAUUUUAAGGUCCUCCUUUUGGGGGUUUUCUUUGCUUUUCUCCUCCUUUUUGUGUUGAGAUCGAGUUUAUCGUCGUCUUCCAAAGAAAACACAUUGUCUAGGAGCACGUUACGAACUCCUGCACCAGCUAGAACAUCUAGUGCUGUCAAACAAAGCAAAAGCACAGCUGAUUGCUCGCCGUUGUGUGACAAGAUAUCGCGUACUCUCGCCCAAGCUCUCAUCCACUACGCGACUUCAAGUAUCACUCCACAGCAAACGUGGAAAGAGAUCUCGGUCACGGCGAAAAUCCUAGAGAAAAAGUCACCGUGCAACUUCCUAAUAUUCGGCCUAGGCCACGACAGCCUUAUGUGGAGUUCGCUCAACUACGGCGGACGGACGGUUUUCCUCGAAGAAGACGAGGCUUGGAUCGAGCAAAUCCGACGUCGGUUUCCCAUACUAGAAUCCUACCAUGUCACAUAUGACAGCAAGGUGAACCAAGCCGAUAAUCUCAUGGACGUAGGUAGAGGACCCGAAUGCACGGCGAUCGUCGACCCUAAAUACUCAAUGUGCCAACUUGCAUUGAAAGGUUUGCCGAGUGUGGUUCACGAGAUGAAAUGGGACUUGAUAAUGGUAGACGCCCCGACCGGGUACCACGAGGACGCCCCGGGGAGGAUGAACGCCAUAUACACCGCGGGUAUGAUGGCGAGGAAUAAAGAUAAAGGUGAGACUGACGUGUUUGUCCACGAUGUGAACAGAGCCGUCGAAGACAAAUUCUCCAUGGCAUUUCUGUGUGAAGGGUACAUGAAAAAGCAAGAAGGGAGGCUUAGACACUUCAGAAUCCCUAGCCAUAAGGAAAGCUUGGAGAGGCCGUUCUGCCCUGAGUGAUGAUCAUACAAAUUCUGUCAUAUUGCUAAUUGAUGUUAUCUCGUGGGGAAUUAUCCCUUUUUUGUUUGAAUCUAUAUAUUAAUUUCAAAGGAAAAUAGGAAAGCAUAGCACUAUUGCAGUGCAAAUUGCCAUGCAUGCAUGCAUGCUUUCUGAUCUUCAUUUCUUUGAUCUGAGAUAUCAGAACUGCAGAAAUUAUAAUAA